AUGUUCCCCUCUAUACCUGUCUUCGGGGUGCCCGCCGCAAUUGCGGGCAUGCCCUUCAAGCGUGCCCAGCUCGGUCUAUACCACGGCAAGACCAAGCUGUUCGGCAACAACGUCCCCCACUCGAUGCACAAGACCCGCCGGACGUGGAUGCCCAACGCGCACAAGCAACGGCUCUUCUCCGACGUGAUGCAGAACUUCAUUCGCGUCGACGUCCCGGCGCGAACGCUGCGCACAAUCAAAAAGAACGGCGGGCUGGACAACUACCUGCUCAUGACGAAGGCGGAUUUGCUGGGAUGGGAGGGCAUGCGGUUGCGGAUGAUGAUCAUGGACAAGCAGGCGGAGCAGGGUGUGGUGCCGGGGACGCUAUCACGACCUGUCCCUAGCAAGACGGCGGCGGCGGCGGAGGCGGGAGGGGAAGAGGCAAGAGCAGCGACCGCGGUGGCGAGCUCAUGA